AUGGCUCCUAGAACCCACUUGACAGAUCUCGGAAGCAUCGCCAACGUUGAUCUGACCGAACUUGGCGCAGGCAAGGAAGGCUGGCUUGAUAAUCCCAAUCUCCUCUGUGCUCUCGAUACAAAUUCUCUUGCAAUCGCCAAUCGAUACUACAUCCUUGUUCUCGAGUGGUCUAACGCCUCUGGUACUGCUAGCUUUCGGGUCAAGAUCCGACCCAAUCUUUCCCCAAUUGAGGCGGAGUAUGUAUCUGCUCUUGAGUGGUUGGUGUUUGAUGAUAUUAGGGUUAUUGCCAUCGGAACAUCUUGUGGGUACUUUUUGAUUUACUCACUUGGAGGCGAUCUUAUUCACAAACAGCUUGUAUACCCUGGAAGGAUUCUAAGGUUAAGAGUACGUGGAACCAAGAGAGAUAUUACAGAAGAUACAUCAUCUUUUGAAGAAGUAUGUGUUGUUAUAGCAGGCAUAAUUGCUCGUUUUGAUGGAUCUGAUCUUCAGAAAGUACUUCAAAAAUGGUAUCAAGAAACUCAAAAUCAAUUCUGGAAUUCCAUUAAAGAUCCAGAAGAAGAAUCUGAAGAUUCCUUCACCCGAAUUCCCUACCAAGUUUGGAAUGUCAAUGGAUACGGCUCGUGUACUGAUGCUGCCAUCACAGGUGUCAUGUCGCCUCCUCUUCUUGAACUACAGUCGAGUGAUCGCUAUUAUUGUGCUGUCACCAUUGGAGUUGAUGCUGCAAUUUCUGCGUUUAGGCUUUCUGAAGAUCGAAGCAGGUCUUUUGUGGGGGCGAUUUUGUCAAAAGUUAUGCCUGUAACUUUUUCGACAAUAGCUUCUUUUUCUAAAUUGGUUUGGAGGAGCCAACAACCAGCAAAAAAGCCAGAACCAAAGCCACAGCCAUUUGCUCGAGCUUUACCCCUUACAUGUUUGAAAGAUCACCCGAGAAAAGGGGAGAAGCUAACCUUAUCGCCAAGCGGGACUUUGGCGGCAAUAACGGAUUCACUUGGCCGUAUUAUGCUCUUGGACACCCGUGCCCUUGUGGUUGUACGGUUAUGGAAGGGGUAUCGUGAUGCGAGCUGUCUUUUUGUUGAAAGACUUGUAAAUAAAGAGAGUAUAGGAAGCCAUGAACGCGUGAAAAACAAUUAUUGUUUAUGUCUUGCCAUUCAUGCUCCUCGAAAGGGCAUUGUUGAGAUUUGGCAGAUGAGAACGGGGCCCAGGAUUCUUACAAUCCCGUGCCCAAAAGGAAGCAAAAUACUACAACCCACUUACAGAUUUGGAUCAUCAACGGUUUCUGAAUCCUCUUAUAAACCGUUGGAAGUUUUCUUUCUGAAUGGAGAUUCUGGUCAACUUUCAAGAUUAAAUUGAUUGGUGUUUUUCUUUUAUUUGUUUAGGGUCUCUUGUGUUUAUGGUGGUAAAUUAAGGGGUUGUUUAGGAUAUUCUUGUUUAUCAAAAUGGAGUUUGUAUUAGGUUAUAUGCUACUACUAAAAUGUAAUAAGUUGAUAAGUUUUUUUUUUUUUGGUGUUUGACGAAAAUUUAUUGUGUUUAUACAUGUAAAAGAGUAAAAGUACCAAAAUGGAUAGGGGUAAAAGGGUAAAUGGUUAAACCUACACUCUUUGAAGUGCAUAUGUGGCAUGGUACUCUUGUUAAUGUUAAUUUAAA